AUGUAUUGGUUGACUAGCACAUUAAUCAUUCCGGUCGCAAUCAAGGUUAUCAAGAUCAAGCGGGUGUCUCCACACCCUUCAUCAUCCGCUCACCUCCAUUCCCCUUCUUUACUUGAGAACAUUCUUGAUAUAACCUCCGCAUCCAGCGCGGGAAGUAUCAAUCUUGCUUUCCCAGUUCACGCAGGUUCUACAAACACACCGAUAACGGAACAAAGAGAUAGCGAGCGCCACGUUUGUUCCCUUCCUCUGCGCGACUUCGACAGUAUCACCAGUGCGUUGAAUUUCAACACACCCGAUUGCCACGUCAUUGGUGGUUGUGAUCUUUAUACAACCAAAGCUGCUGGCUCGGAUAAGAAAUUAUAUCGCAAUAUUGAGAACUCACUAGAAUCUCAAUAUGAAUCUCUUCUCAAACUAUCGGCUUCGGUAUCACCUCCUCUUGAUCCCAACGAAGCCGGCGUGAACCUCUCUCGUUCAAGUCCUUUUGGACCUUUGAGUCAGGUAUCGAGUCGCAGGACUUUCGCGUAUCUUAUUGCAACACUUAAUGCAAGUCAUCCUGAUUACGAUUUCUCCCAUACUCUUAGACCUGCCGAUUUCCAUAAAGAACGAAGCUUAAAGACUGUCAUCAAUACCAUCGAUUCUACCCUCUAUAAUCUCAGACCAAGUUCGGGUAUGACACUUCAUGUCCCAUCGCAGACUUCAUACAAGACAACUUCAUCUGCUGGAGCUACAAGUCAGGCUUGGAGUCCUCAGAUGUGGGCUUUGAUUGAUACGGAGAUGACUCUCAAAGACUGUACAGUCUACUCUUGGGCCCCUCCUGAUGAACCAUUUGAUGGUGAAUUGGGAUCUAUUUGGAGCCUCAACUACUUUUUCUUUAACAAAGAAAGAAAAAGAGUCGCGUAUCUGUACGUUCGAGCUGUCCCGGUCAUGAGCCAUAGUCCAAGUCAAGCUCAGGGUAUGAUGAACCAAGAAGCCAACUACAGUGAUUAUGAUUCCGGCGCAAAUAAACGUGCUAGAUACUGGUUAGGUGAUCGUGCUGAUCUUGCGAUUGAUCAAGAUGGAGAUGAUGACACCGAUGUUAACAUGUGGGAUGAGGACGACCAAGUCGAUCCUGAAGAAGAAUAUUACGAUGGCUAUGAUGAAGUCGACGAUGAAUUCGAUGAACAGAAUUACAAGGCACCUAUACGUGGUGUUAGUGAAGAUAUUGCUGCGUCGAUGGAUAUUGAUUGCUGA